AUGGUCGUGUGUCACGUUGUCAAGGAUUCAUUUCCAAAUCUCUGCAAUUUCCACUUCUUCACAGCCCCACCAAUGUCCGCCGUCUUCUCUUCCUGCUUCCGCCCCUCCGACGAUCGCCGCCGCCGCUCUCCGCCGCCAAUUCCCAGCUCCCCGAAUCUCACCACCUGCAUUUACCGCACCAAUUCCGGUCUCUUUUCUCUCUCUUGGUCGCAAUCCCUCUUCUCUCACUCCCUUCUCCUCCACUUCCACCAAAACCCAAAUGCCUUCGAUUCUUCAAUUUCUUUUCACCUUCUCAUUAAACCUCUAAUUCCAUGGAAGAAACACGGCUCCGAGAAGCUCUCCGACGGUAUCCACGUCCAAUGGGACCUACGGCGUGCUCGUUUCUCCGCCUCGCCGGAACCCCACUCCGGAUUCUUCAUCGCCGUCGUAGUCGACGGCGAAACGAUUCUUCUCGUCGGCGACAUGAUCAAAGAAGCCUACGCGAAGACAAGAACAGCUAAGCUCCAAAACCCACAAGCCCUAAUCCUGAAAAGGGAACACGUGAUUGCGCACAAUAUCUACACCACGCAGGCGAAAUUCGGCGGCCAAAUCCGAGAAAUCGAAAUUGACGGUGGCUUCUACGACGGCGAAUCAGGGCUGUCGUUCAGCGUCGACGGGAAAUGUGUUCUGCAAAUCAAGCGGCUGAACUGGAAAUUCAGAGGAAACGAAAGAAUCGAAGUGGCCGGAGUUCCGGUGGAGGUGUAUUGGGAUGUGUACAAUUGGGUUUCCGAUAUGGGGAAAAAAAACAGAGGAAAUGCAGUGUUCAUGUUCAGAUUCGAAGAGGAAGAUGAACAGAUGAACAGACAGCAGAAUUGGAACCUAGGAUUGAACCAAUUGGUCGGUUCUAUUUCGGUAUCAAUGUCGUCGGUCGGAUCAUCCACCGGAGCCAGUUCAUCCGUCAUGGAAUGGGCUACCGGUGAAGACAGCGAUCAAAUCGGAGCUCCGAUGAGAAAAAAUGUAAUGGAUCUUUGUCGUGUUCCUGUUUUAAUGGGGACAAGAAAAAUGGGUACUGAAACUGAAAGAAAGUGGCCGACGCCAUUAAUGUUCCGUUGGGAACAGUGA